UGAACGGUUCGCGCUUCAUAGUGAUUUAAUGUACGAGUAUGUAUAAAACAUAAGCCGUCUAACCACAUUUCAUUUAGUAGAGCUCUUGUAACUGCACGCAGUAUUGUAAAGUGUAUUGUGUGGCUCUGUAUGGAUUUAAAUUAAAAUAAAAUCUUAUUUAUUUAAAAAUGUCGCACAAUGGUGUGCAAGUAAUGAGUGGUUGCGAUGACCACAAAGGUGAGAAAAACGGCUGUCAUUCGACCUCAAACGGUUAUCACCAUCCACACAGAAAGGUUUAUGACAACGAAGAGGAAUAUCUACAAAACGAUUCCAACGACAAUUCGGAUGCUGUUAGAUAUCCCGAUGGCUCAGUUCGGCUCCGCAACCCAAACAUCGAACUCAUGGAUCAGGACAUUUUGUACCAUCUUGCCCUGGGAAGUGGUUCCCAUGAUCUCGUAGAGAUGUUUGGGGAUGUCAAGUUCGUAUGUAUGGGUGGUACUCCAAAGCGUAUGGAGCAGUUCGCUUACAACAUCAUGGCAGAAAUCGGACACAAGCUGCCAUGUGGGACCACUUUGCAAGAUAUAAGCCAAUUUUCGUACCGUUACUCUAUGUACAAAGUUGGGCCUGUAUUGUCUAUAAGUCACGGCAUGGGCAUCCCGUCCGUGGGCAUCCUCCUCCACGAGGUGAUAAAGCUAAUGUACCACGCGAAGGUGCGCGAUCCCGUGUUCUUCAGAAUUGGCACUUGUGGUGGGAUCGGUAACGAGGGGGGGACUGUUGUGAUCUCGGAGGAAGUCGUCGAUGGAGCUCUGCGGAACGUUCUGGAAGUGACUGUGCUUGGCAAAACACUGCAACGGCCAGCCAAGUUGGAUAGAAGAUUGGCGCGGGAGCUCAAAGCUUUGGCGGAUCCUGAAGACCCUUACGAUACAGUCACGGGCAAAACCAUGUGCACUUAUGAUUUCUAUGAAGGCCAGGGUCGUUUGGACGGUGCAUUCUGUGAUUUCACUGAGCCGGAUAAGAUGGAGUAUCUGGAGAGGAUCCACAAAUCUGGAGUCGUGAAUAUCGAAAUGGAGUCGCUUGCUUUUGCGGCUCUCACUCACCACGCUGGAAUAAAGGCAGCUGUUAUUUGUGUCACGCUGCUCGAUAGACUGAAGGGAGACCAGGUCUUAGCGCCUAAAGAAGUUUUGGACGAGUGGCAGCAGCGUCCUACGAAACUUGUCUCUCGUUACAUCAAACGAUAUUUGCAAAUGAAAGGUCGCCUGUCUUUAGACGGUCACGGAUCAAUUGCUGUGAAGAGUCCCCGACGAUUUAAACUUGUUCAGCAGGAGUCUGAAACUUACGAUUAAAUUAUUUGUCUUAACUCAAAUCCUGGAACUAUACAUACAUAUUUGUAAGUUCUACGAUAUGAGUUCUUUUAUCAAUGAAGAUGUCGUUAGAAAGGCUAGAUUUUACCUACACAGUAUGAAAAUUAGUACGUGUUUGGGCACUUUAGGUCUGUAUAACACAAUCAUUAAAAAUGUUAGAACAUCUGUCAUUUGGUUAAUAUUGCACUGAUAAUCUUUACAAAUAUGUUCAUUGUUGAAUUUAAAUGAUUCGAUUCGAAACAUUGUAUUGUUAACGGUUUACGGUACGAAAUGAAAAUGAUUAAAAAUGUUUUUGUACUGCCACUAUUAUCAAAUAAACUUGGAUGUUAGGCAUAAUUUGAUGUGUAUUUCAUGUAUUAGCUAUAAAAACAGGAUUGUAUGAAAUACACGUAUAUAUUUCAAUUGAUAUUUAUUGUUAAAUUCUUUAUUUCAAUUAUACACGCAUAUAAUAUAGGCGGCGCAAAAACUGUGUAAGUCAUAGAAAAGUUAUAAUGUACCUAUUUAUCGCUGUUCUAUGAGUCCGCAAUUGUAAAAAAAUAUAUCGAUUGCAAUUUUAUAAGUGUUGUAUUUUAUAAAAAUAGGUAUUUUACUUGGGAGUUUUGAAUUUUUUAUCUGCAGUGUUUAUUGAUAAUGAGUUGAAAAGUGAAAUAUACAUAAGUUAUUGUUAAACAAAAAUUACAUAUUAAUUAGCGAUAUUGCACUUGUAUUUCUUUUGAUGGAAUUUUAUUGUUGUUUAGAACCGUUUAAAAGUAUUUUUCUGUGUGUUUAUAUGGAUUUGUUGAAACCUAUUAUCAUUAGUAUUUUAUACCGACAUUGAUAUAAAAAAAAAACAUAUCUCUAUUUCCUACGGAAUUCUAUCCUACUUACCCAUUUUAUUCUAAAUAUCUUUAAGCAAAUAUAUUUCUUAUUAAUUAGAAAAUUAUGACCGUUAAAGGCUACUACUUGAUAUUUAUUUCCUGCACGGGUUUUAAAUGUAGUUUGCCUAGACUUGUUCUGCUUAGAAAUUAUUAGAAAUAUUUAAUAUUUUUGAAUGUGUAUGUACCUAUUUAUAUCCGUAUGCUAAUGUUUGUAAAUUUCUCUAUCGUUUUGUUAUUACACGACAAACGACGUUGUAAAACAUUUUAAAUUGUAACUUAAAUUUUUAAUAUAAUUAACAUUGUAGAAAUAAAAACAUUGACGUUAAUAUAAAAGAUUUCCGUUCUACUUAAAAUAUCUAAGACAUGUUUAACUGCAAACUCGUAAUAAAACAUUUUAUGGUUUUAAGUAAUGUUAAUUGACCUUACCGUUGACUAAUAACUUAAUAAGUAAGUACUUGGUUCAAUUUGACUUCAAAUUUGUAUUUACUUAUCAUAAUUAUACUUCAAAUUAAUAAUUUCAAUAUAUACCUUGUAGGUAUAAAAUACUUGUACUUGAAUAUUUUAAUACUUAAGGACAUAUCGAAGUCGUGAGAGGCUUAUGAUAUACUUUGCCUAAAUUCAGUUCCUAAAUGAACGGUAAUGUUAUUUCCAAUUUACUUUUUCAUAUCCAGAAAAAAACACUAUUUCUGUCUGUAUGUCGUUAUGAGUUGUGUGUGUAGACGUCUUCUUUAUGAAUAUAAUGUAGAGUGGAGGUGCAAAGUAUGAUAAUUUGUACCUUAGCUUAGUGUCGGCUAUCGAGUCGAGGUCUAAUGUGCUUCCACAAUAUUGUAUUUUAUUGUUGUUGAUUGUUCAUACACAAGCUGUUGUCGAUAUUGCUUAAGGCGUUACGGUCUUUGUUAAUAAGUAGAUGUAGAAUCUCAACACGGACCUAAUGUUAAGAAUGUUUCCGUGUAAAUCUUAUUGAAAUAUUUAAUGAAAGUAAAGUGUAAGUUAGUUAUUUAAUCAACGAUUGAGUUUACGAUUAUAAUGACAAAUUAUUAUAAGUAGAUAGUUCACUAUGAGUAUAUCACUUGUAUUCUAUGGCACCAAUAUUAAUUAUUAUUAUAGCCCGUAUUAAUGUAAUUAAUUAAGUAUUUGUAAGUGUUAUACAAACUAGCAAAAAAAUCAUAAAAAAUAUGUUCUUUCUUCUCGCUAACCUUAGACUUGGCAUGGACAAAACCUUAUACUUAAUGAUGAAAUUCUAAUAAAUCCCACUCUAAAUAGAUCCUACUCGCCGUUGAAUAAUAAUUAAUUAAACAGUAGGAUAUGAAAAGUUAUAUAUCCAUUGUUGCUACUGUUUUAUCUACAAUAUAAUAUUUUGCACUAAACAUCCUGUUUCUUUUCGUUUUCGAGCUGUAUAUAAAAUUAAGGUUUGUCUAUAAUAUUGGCUUACAUGUGUUAAACGUUUAAUAAAAAACUUCUGUUUCACCAA